AUGCGCCAUCUGUAUACCGAGGAGGCUGCUGCUAGGGCAACUGCAGAGUAUGCUGGAGAAAUUUUCGAAGCCAUCUGUAUGGCUGAGGAGGCCAAGAGAAUCAACGUCGAGCUCAUUGACUCCCAGCCGGAUAUCGACUGGACCAUGCGGCCACGACUACUAGCAUUCUUAUUCGAGGCCCACGAAGCUCUUCGCCUACGGCCCGAAACCAUGACCCUUGCAGUUUCUAUUCUUGAUCGCUACUCUUCCCGACGCAUUGUCUACGCUCGGCACUACCAGCUGGUGGGAUGCGUUUCACUACUAGUUGCCGCAAAGUUCCUCGACGACAAGCGUCGGGUGCCUUCAGUAUCCGAUCUUUCUUAUCUUUGCGCAAAUGCGUUCGCCCCACACAUGUUUAGUGAAAUGGAACGUCACAUUCUGGAGACUCUACAGUGGGAUGUCAGUGCGCCUACAAGCUUGGAGUUCCUUGACAUUUUAUUUCUGGAUCUGUGCCAAUCGGGUUGCUUGCCGGCGAGAACCCCAGCAGAGAUCCCUCACUAUACUGCCAUGGCACAAUACAUGUGCAUGUGCGCUUUAUUUAAUCGCGAAAUGAUUGCCUACGGACCGCGUGCAGUUGCCACUGCCGCGGUUGAGCUGACUUGCGCUAUCCUGGCCUCCCUCACUGGUGAGUUCCCUGGCCAGAGCUUCCGUCUUUCGGGCACUAUUCGUGAAUGCUUCGAUUCCCUCGUUGCUUUGAUUGUAUCCCCCCCGCCCCAAAUCUCCGCCUGGACCUCCAAGUCGGAGUACAACGUACCAGCUUUAAUCCAGCAGUUCUUCGCUGCAACAUACGACCAGAGUGAAGACGACUGUUCCAUCUGCAGUACGCCUGACAAUCCUGAAGCCUGGUAUCGUUUACCUCGGACGCCCGACACUCUUUCGCCGCUCGUUUUGCGCAAACCAACUCAGCGUGCAGCAUCAGCAGUAAAUAGCGUUUGGGCGAACUCAGAGUCUCAUUGGACCUGA